UUCACUAGCACGUUUGGGCGCGUUGGGCGGUGUCCGGAUAUAAAAGACUCAGCCCGAGCAGGCAGCCGCCAUUCUGGGGUUCGUUUAGAGGUUUGAAUUUUCUCGGAGAAAGACGGGCCGGCCACGAGGAGAAAAGAAACAAGCCGCAGCAACAUCUAAGCCCUUGAAAGGAUCCUGAGAGAGGGGGGAAAGGGAAAACCGCAGCCACCAGCCCAACCACUUGUGUCUUCUGCCCCUUCCCACCUAUCUUGCCCACCCCACCAGCCCACGCUGCCUGGGACUUGAAAUCUGUGGCCGAAGGACCGUCACUACAUAACUUCAAAAAUAAUCAACCACCCUCCCUUCCCAAACCCACCCAAAUUCACUCAUCCAGCGUUUACUUUUUUUAAUCCACUCAGAACUUUUUUUCUACGACCCCCCCUCCCUACAUGGAGUUGGGUGGGGGGGAAAUGAAUACUGAGUUGGCCUUUAUUUUUUUUAAGGAGACUUUUUGAUCCAAUGAGGCCCCCCAAAUAAUUGAGUUUUGGGUCUUGGUUGGUUGUUUUAUUUUUUUUCUCCAAAAUUUUAACCCCCUCCCCCCCUGAGCCCGAGGUGCUGACGUCGCAAAAAAAUUGGAUAAAAACCUCGAUCAUGGGUUCGGGUCCCAUAGACCCCAAAGAGCUUCUCAAGGGCCUGGACAGCUUCCUUAACCGAGAUGGGGAAGUCAAGAGUGUGGAUGGGAUUUCGAAGAUCUUCAGUCUGAUGAAGGAAGCACGAAAGAUGGUGAGUCGAUGCACUUACUUGAACAUUCUCCUGCAGACCCGUUCACCAGAAAUAUUGGUCAAGUUUAUUGAUGUUGGUGGUUACAAGCUUCUUAACAAUUGGCUGACAUAUUCAAAGACAACCAACAACAUUCCCCUCUUGCAGCAAAUUCUACUGACCCUGCAGCACCUACCACUCACUGUUGACCAUCUCAAGCAGAACAACACAGCCAAACUGGUGAAGCAGCUGAGCAAGUCAAGUGAGGAUGAAGAGCUCCGGAAAUUGGCCUCAGUCCUUGUCAGCGACUGGAUGGCUGUGAUCCGCUCCCAGAGCAGUACCCAGCCUGCUGAGAAAGAUAAGAAGAAACGGAAAGAAGAGGGAAAGAGUCGAACCACCCCUCCUGAGCGACCGUUGACUGAGGUGAAGGCUGAGACUCGGGCUGAGGAGGUCCCGGAGAAGAAGAGGGAGAAGCCCAAGUCCCUCCGAACCACGGCGCCCAGUCACGCCAAGUUCCGCUCUACCGGACUAGAGCUGGAGACCCCAUCUUUGGUGCCUGUGAAGAAGAAUGCCAGUGCAGUGGUGGUUUCUGACAAGUACAACCUUAAACCCAUCCCCCUCAAGCGUCAGAGUUCCACAGCUGCCCCAGGAGAUGCUGCGCCCCCUGCAGAGAAGAAAUACAAGCCACUCAACACAACACCCAAUGCCACCAAAGAGAUCAAAGUGAAGAUCAUCCCGCCACAACCUAUGGAGGGCCUGGGCUUUCUGGAUGCGCUCAAUUCAGCCCCUGUUCCAGGCAUCAAAAUUAAGAAGAAGAAGAAGGUGCUGUCACCCACAGCUGCCAAGCCAAGCCCAUUUGAAGGGAAAACGAGCACAGAACCGAGCACAGCCAAACCUUCUUCCCCAGAGCCAGCACCUCCUUCUGAGGCUAUGGACACAGAACGUCCAGGGACCCCAGUUCCCCCUGUUGAAGUCCCAGAGCUCAUGGAUACUGCCUCUUUGGAGCCAGGAGCUCUGGAUGCAAAGCCAGUGGAGAGUCCCGGAGAUCCUAGCCAGCUGACCCGGAAAGGCAGGAAGAGGAAAACUGUGACCUGGCCUGAGGAGGGCAAACUGAGAGAGUAUUUCUAUUUUGAACUGGAUGAAACUGAACGAGUAAAUGUGAAUAAGAUCAAGGACUUCGGCGAGGCAGCUAAGCGAGAGAUACUGUCAGACCGACAUGCGUUUGAGACGGCCCGGCGUCUGAGCCACGACAACAUGGAGGAGAAGGUGCCCUGGGUGUGCCCCCGGCCCCUGGUGCUGCCCUCGCCUCUUGUCACCCCUGGAAGCAACAGCCAGGAGCGGUACAUCCAGGCUGAGCGGGAGAAGGGGAUCCUUCAGGAGCUCUUCCUGAACAAGGAAAGUCCUCACGAGCCUGAUCCUGAGCCCUAUGAGCCUAUCCCCCCAAAACUCAUCCCCCUAGAUGAGGAAUGUUCCAUGGAUGAGACCCCAUAUGUUGAGACCCUGGAGCCUGGGGGGACCGGUGGCUCACCCGACGGGGCAGGCGGUUCCAAGUUGCCUCCUGUUCUGGCCAAUCUUAUGGGAAGCAUGGGUGCCGGGAAGAGCCCCCAGGGUCCUGGAGGAGGAGGCAUCAAUGUGCAGGAGAUCCUCACCUCCAUCAUGGGUAGCCCUAACAGUCAUCCCUCAGAGGAACUGCUGAAGCAACCAGACUAUUCAGACAAGAUCAAGCAGAUGCUGGUGCCUCAUGGACUCUUAGGCCCUGGUCCCAUAGCCAAUGGUUUCCCACCGGGAGGCCCUGGGGGCCCCAAGGGCAUGCAGCACUUCCCCCCUGGACCUGGCGGACCUAUGCCAGGUCCCCAUGGAGGCCCUGGGGGCCCUGGUGGGCCAGUGGGUCCACGUCUCCUGGGUCCCCCACCCCCUCCCCGGGGGGGUGAUCCCUUCUGGGAUGGCCCAGGUGACCCCAUGCGGGGUGGCCCGAUGCGUGGGGGACCAGGUCCGGGGCCAUACCAUAGAGGCCGUGGUGGCCGAGGCGGGAGUGAACCACCUCCUCCUCCUCCUCCAUUCCGAGGGGCCAGAGGAGGUCGCUCUGGAGGAGGACCUCCAAAUGGACGAGGGGGCCCUGGUGGGGGCAUGGUCGGAGGUGGUGGGCAUCGUCCCCAUGAAGGCCCUGGUGGGGGCAUGAGCAGUGGCAGCGGACAUCGUCCCCAUGAAGGCCCUGGCAGUGGCAUGGGCGGUGGGCAUCGCCCCCACGAAGGCCCUGGCGGCGGCAUGGGUGGUGGCAGCGGCCAUCGUCCUCAUGAAGGCCCUGGUGGAGGAAUGGGUGCUGGUGGUGGACAUCGGCCCCAUGAAGGCCCUGGACAUGGGGGGCCCCAUGGCCACCGGCCUCAUGAUGGCCCUGGUCACCGAGGCCACGACCAUCGAGGACCACCCCCUCAUGAGCACCGUGGCCAUGAUGGCCCUGGCCACGGCGGAGGGGGCCACCGAGGGCAUGAUGGAGGCCACAGCCAUGGAGGAGACAUGUCAAAUCGCCCUGUUUGUCGACAUUUCAUGAUGAAGGGUAACUGCCGCUAUGAGAACAACUGUGCCUUCUACCACCCGGGUGUCAAUGGGCCCCCCCUGCCCUAGGGACCACCUGCCCACCCCACCCACACCCCUGUGGACUGCAGCCUUGCUCCUUCCACCCUUCUAUGGCUUCUGUGAGGCCCAUUUUCCCCUUUCCCCAGCUGAUGAGGAGCCGGCCCCCUCAGUGCCCACCUGCCUGGGUUCCUGGGGGUUUUCUGAUCACUGGUGCGCAUUGAUGUACAUAUUUUCCUCCAGUCUGGGGAGGAGAGAGACUGGACACAUUCUGUACCCUGGACUGCUGAAGAGGAGACCCAGUUGGCUUCACUUUUUGAGGAGAUUUGCCCUUUAUGCCAAGCGCCUCUCCGGUAUUACCCUUUAUGCCUGAGAACCUAAAGCUGGUUAUCCUGGAGAACACCUCUACUCUCCUCUUGUGGGUCCUCCACAUGCACACAGAACUCUGACACGGGAUCAGCUGCAUUUAUGAAAUCAUCCCAGCCAAGUUCAUGCUUCCUCGUGGGGUGGGGAGAUGGUAAAAGGGGUAUUGUGUAUCCCACUGCACUGAGAGGACUCAAUCAGGCUGGAUUUGAGUUCUGGAACACAUCGUCCCCACUCCUCCCCUGACACAGGCUUUACAUUGAGUUCUUUCUCAAGUAAGACGUUGCAAUCUUCCGUGAACACCCAAGUUUGCAUCAUGGGUCUGCUAGGUUCAAUGAUGGCAAAUUCACAUCGGCAUCAGGUGAAAAGUUUUAGCUGGCAUAGGUGAGGCCAUUGGUGGUGGUCCACCCUUGCCUGCAGCUCAUUCUGGAAAUUAAAACACUUCGGUGAGACCAGCUUUUUCAUCAACUGAAGCCCGGCGUGCUGGGCAUGCCAGUCACACUACACGCACUGCCUCUGGGCGUUAGCACGCUCCUGGCCCCCACCUGGAACCUUGUGGGUGUGAGGCCUCCAGCUCCCUUGUCCUGUCAGCCACCUCUGAAUCCCCACCAGGUGCCUUCCUGGGUGGAUUCGAUAAGAUGACCUGCCCUCUCCCAGCCCUCUCCUUCACCUGUCUCAGCAUCAGUUGUUUUCUAUGAAAACAGUCGAUUGAUUGGGUUUUGUGCGGGGUCUUGGGUUAGAGCCACAAUGGAUUUGAGGAUGAGUAUUUUCUUUUGGUUUUGUAUAUUUUGUACAUUAAUAAUAAACAGUGGAAAGAGAAGUAUUUAACCCCUGGUGUGCCUGGACUGUUUAAAAAGAAAAAAGGCACUAUCAGCUGUUGUUGAAAGUUCAUUAAUACAAACCUUUGUGGAAUGUGGUUUUCAAUCCUUUGCUGGUGUUAAGUGAAAUACUGGUGAAGGAGUACUUUGAAUAUAAAACGCCAUAGCUGGGGAAGGCAGAGCUCACAGAUCACCGGAGCUGCAGAAGGUGCAGGCACUCCAUUCUAGCUGAUCCUAACAGCCCUGUGGAGUAGCUCAGGGAAGGGAUUUACGUGAGGGUGGGCAGAAGGGAGGGGUAGGGAAGAGUGGCUGAAAAAGGAAAAAUCCAAGAGCAGUUUCUGGGGAAGGAAGGAAAAAUGGGUGGAUCCUGCUUGUCCCCCAAAAAAGGGGCUCUGCAGGGUAGAGAGAAAUAGGCCUGCUGCUAGAAGAUGUAGGAUCAAGAUAAUUUUUAGACCUUAAGGACAGGUAUUGAGGGCCUAGUUGAUGGAACAAGAUUCCCAGGGGUGGGAAUUCCCUGGUGAUCAGUGGUUAGGACUCAGCACUUUCACCGCCGGGGCCUGGGUUUGAUCCUUGGGGAACUAAGAUCCUGCAAGCUGUGCAGCAUGGCCAAAAAAAGUAUAUUUAAAAAAAAGAUUCCUGGGAAGACAGGAGGUUUUGGAGUUCAGAACAUGGAGGGAGAGGAUUAACUUUAAAUAGGAAGCUCUGCUAUUCUUGUAAUCAGAAAUUAGGAGAUUACAUUUUGAGGGGAGAGGGAAAGGGAGGGUAGGGAUAUUGGGGUAUAGGUUGAGAAUGGUGGUUUCCAAACUUUCAGCGUUCAUCAGAAUCAUCUGAAGGGCUUUUAAAAGAGAUUGGGGGUGGGGUUCAGCAAAUUUUCUGAUUCAGCAGGUCUGGGAUGAACUCCGAGAUUUUGCAUAUCUAACAAGUUCCCAGGUGUUGCUGACUGCUGAUCUGGAAAACACUGAAAAGACAGGGCCCUAGAACACGUUUCUUGGCUGUUGUUUCCAGGAUUGGCCACAAGAGGGGGGCAACUUCCUAAACCUCACAGGCCCCACCUACACUUAGGCCAGUGGUGCUAAUUUUAUCUUCCCUUUUGCCCCUUCUCUGGAAAGAGGGUGUUCAGUCAGCCUACUGUUGCUCUUCACACUCGGAGAGGUCCUGAAAAGAUGUAAUCUAAGGGCCAAGCUCAGAGGUGAAAUACCAACGAAGUACACAACUCAAGUGAAAAAAAGUUAAAAAUUCUUUAACUUGGGCUUCCCUGGUGGCUCAGUGGUUAAGAAUCCACCUGCCAAUGCAGGGGACACGGGUUUGAGCCCUGGUCUGGGAAGAUCCCACAUGCCGCGGAGCAACUAAGCCCGUGCGCCACAACUAUGGAGCCUGCGCUCUAGAGCCCGCGAGCCACAACUACUGAGCCUGUGCGCCUAGAGCCCGGGAUCUGCAGUGAGAAGCCACCACAAUGAGAAGCCUGCGCACUGCAACGAAGAGUAGCCCCUGCUCGCCGCAACUAGAGAAAGCCCGUGUGCAGCAACGAAGACCCAACGCAGCCAAAAAUAAUUAAAAAAAAAAAUUCUUGGGCCUCCCUGGUGGUGCAGUGGUUGAGAGUCCGCCUGCCGAUGCAGGGGACACGGGUUCGUGCCCCGGUCCGGGAAGAUCCCACAUGCCGUGGAGCGGCUGGGCCCGUGAGCCGUGGCCGCUGAGCGUGCGCGUCCGGAGCCUGUGCUCCGCAACGGGAGAGUCCACAACAGUGAGAGGCCCGCGUACCGCAAAAAAAAAAAAAAAAUUCUUUAACUUGUGUUUCUUUCUGGUUCCAUCUACUGCCUGCUUCUCACCUUCUUCCCUCCACCUCCUGCAAUAGGCCACAAGAACCUUUACAGAGAGCUUAAUUUUUUCUAUUCUAAUUUAAAAAUGAGUUCAGCCAUUUUCUUUCCAAUUCUCCAUGAAAAUCCGAAUUACCUGUUACUUAGAUUUUCCUUUUUUUUUUUUUUUUUUUUUUUUAAGGCACGGAGACAGCUUGAGCAUCUCAUCCAUUUCACUGUACCCACUGACCCAUUUCUGUUUCUUCACCAAGCCUUGCAGGCACACCUCUCCCGACUGCUUCAGUUGGUCUGUUCUUCCUUUCUUAUUCCAUUUCCACCCCCACCCCUAAAUAACCUAUUAACUUUUGACUUCUCUGUCAACCCUUCCCCAAGCACACCAGUGCAAUCUGCAAUUCUGAAUCACCAUUACUCUAUUUCUCCCAUUCCUGCUCCCAGGCAGUAAACAUAGUGUUGAAAAACCACGAAAUCCUACCAUCUUGGCCCAGUACAAAUUACUAGCACUGACUCAACAUUCACUGCUGCCUGGCAACUCCUAACUCCUCUCCCUUCUCUGGCACCAAAUCUCCUGAGGAAGUGAGCCCCAUCCUAUGUGAGCACCAUUUCUCCUUCUCUUCACCUGAAAAUAUCUGAGUCUACAUUAUCUCCUUUCCUUUCUUAGAGGAAGGAGGAUAUCUCCUCCUGCUCGCCUCUCCUGGCAUCUCCUCUCCAUCUCCCUCCCACCCACCACUCUUCACCCAGCAGCCAGAGCAAUUUUGUGAAAAUGAAAACCAGGUCAAUUCACACUCCUGCGUACACACUGCCUUCUAUUACUCCUAGAACCAUAUCCCAACUCCCUAUCAACGUUUAUAAGACCCCAUGUGUCCUGGCCGCUGCUCAAGCUCUAAGCUCAAGCCAUGUUCCUGGCCAAGUCAAGCUCUUUCCAGUUUCUGAGCCUCUGCACAUUCUGGUGCCCUCCUGAAGGCUCUUUCUCACCCAUCUAGUUGGUUCCUUCUCCACCUACAGGCCUUGGUUUUAAUUAAUGUCACUUCCUCUGAGAAGUCUUCCCUAAUCACUCAAGCUAAAGGUGACCCCUACCCUUUCUCUCCUAACACCAUGUUUCCUGUGACAUGCUCCAAAGGCACCGCUGAGUUCCUACCUUUGCACUUCUAACACACUCCAGGUGAUGCUGCUGCCACUGGUCUAGGACACGCUGAGAACCACUGCCCUAGAGCAGCCACCAGUUCAAGCGUCUCAGCUGCUGCACCAGCACCGGCAGCACAAGGGCAACUUCUCACAUUCCCAGGCCUCCUCUGAGUUGUGUACGGCCACAGGGCUCCUUCCUGACUUUCAUCUUUCCCACUGUAGUGCUGACAGUCUUCCCUAAAACGUCUCUCACAUGUUCCUAAAACACAGUCCUGCCUUGGCUCUCAUGCCCCUCAAGGACUCAUCCUUUGGUCAUUCUGUCCAUAUUCUACAGAUGAGGGAGAACGCCCAGGGCACUGACAUCAGAAAAUUAGGGCCCGCAUCCCAGGAACUCUCCUUUCCAGGCUGCGUGACCAUGGGCACGUCAGCAUCUCUGAGUCUGUUUCCUCAUUAGGAAGGUGUGGAGAAGAGUAAGUAAUUUUUUAAAACACUUCUACGGUGCUCAUUAUGAACCACAUUAGUGCAUGAUUUGUAGGUGACAGAGACUGUCAUGAAUAAAAAUAUUUGUUAACUAAAUUCCAUUUUUCAGGCUUUGGGCUACCAAAAAAUGUACUACUGUGUAAAUGUGUAAUUUUUUCCUUUCGAGUUCCAUUUCCAUGCUGCUUUUUGAAGAAGUGGCAUUCUUUUGCCCAUAUUUAAAGCGCAUUAUUAUAGUAUGUAUAUUGAGGAAAGAAAUAAAACUUGUGCCCAUGGAUGGAAGUUAUUUUGGAACAUCUGAAGUAUGUGUAGUGAAAUCACCGAUCAAAUACUUAAAAUGCAAAAUGUUGGUGUUCAUUUUAUAAACAACAUUUCCAGCUAUUUUGUGUAACAUCUCAUCUAGACUACUGAACUGAAAAAUAUAAGUGCAAAGUGUAGAGUAUACAUAAAAUACAUGGAACGAAAGUGAAAAAACAAAAAAUUAAAGCACUUCACAAAUAAUUACUUAAUCCCUUAAUAACCCUGUGAGGUAGGUGCUUUUUAUCACCUUCAUGUUACAAAUGAGGAAACAGGUACCAAGAGGCUAAGUCCAAGGUCACUCCGUUAGUAGUGGACUUGAAGCCUGCUCCCACUGUUCUACGACAGACCUACUUCGUGGAAUUGUGGAGAAUACUUUCACAUGUAACAUCUUACUUGGCACAAGACCCUGAUGCUUUUCCCUCAAAUUCCAUGAGGGGUGUUCCUUUAUAUCUAACUUGGAGAUGUACCCAACAGCACCUCUUCAAUCAUCUUCACACCAAACCUUCACUUUUAGCGUAAAACUCGUAAUUGAGGCCCAGUAUUAUUUGGCCAGAAAAUAAUUUCCCAAAAUUAGACGUCCCAACUUAGUAAUUCUUACAUGGUUCUUCAUUUCCCCUGGAACUGCACACAUCUGACCAUCCUCUCUCCAACUCCCACACCUGGCCCUUUCCAUCUGUCCUUGCCUUCUAUCCCUCUC